ACUAUCUAUGUAUCUGUCUGUCUAUCUAUCUAUCUAUCUGUCUAUAUCUAUCAUGUCAAUCAUACAGGUUGGAAACUUAUUUAUAUUUAAUUUCUCAUCCUUGCAGUAGGAUACACGGUAGUAAUUGUUUCGAUGGUCACGUGGUAAUGAUCUAUUACACAGACAAUAGUAAAAUAAACAUAAAAGUACACUAAAUUACACUGCAAAUUAAAUCAUACUUACAAUACCUAAUAAAAAUUGCAGUUUGACAUUUUCCCUAAAUUGUUCAGCUCUACUAUGUUGUAAAGACACAUAAGGGAAAAGAAGUUUCACAGAUUGCCUGUGGACAUGCUGUAGGCCACAUAUCCAUUCUAAACCAAUUGAUGCAUAAAGCACAUUUAAAAACAACAUUGUUGACCAAAGUACUGUACAGAUGAAAACAAACUGCAUCUGCAUACCUACUGUACAUAAUGGGGGGGAGCGGUUUAAACCUGACAGAAUUCUCACAUGGAAUUCUGGAGCGAAAGUUGUGUAAUAUUUAACUGCUCAGUGUGUUUAUGUUGGAUCUCCCCAGUAACACGCACAGCAUGAUCAUUUUACAUAGAGAGUAACAGCUCUCUGCUGUUUGGAACUUUGGACCUACCUAUUUUCUCUUCUCAUCAAAUUACUUUUAAUUUUAGAAAACAAGUACAUAGUGAGCGACUUGCACUGCUGAUCUUUUGGAAUUUGAGAUAAUGCCCAACAAAGCUCAGGAGGAUGCUGUAAUUAACUUGAAGACACUCAAGGAGAUUUCCACUCAGCUUGGUUUUGAGUGGGCCACAGUUGCUUAUGAGCUUGGCUUCAACCGAAGAGAGAUUGGCCGCUUCCACUGUACAUCCACAGAGAAGAUUGUCCAAGCCAGAACCAUGUUGGAGAGCUGGUAUGAGCGGUCAUGGGACAAGCCCAAUAAAACCAAGCUGUUGCAGGAUGGACUGGAGCGAGCAGGCAGGAGGGACCUGGCAGAAAAGCUGCGCUGUCUCCACUGGGGCCACCAGAAGCUGAGCCGCAGGGUGGAGCUGCCAUCCGCCUUUCCCUUCCUCAUCACAGUCCAUAAAACCAUCCACAACCAAGACGCACUACGCAGAAUCAAUGAGCUCAACCGUAGAUACACUGGGUGAAAAUGCAUCUACUGCCAUAGUUCUAUGAUAUAUGUAUAAUAUAUCGUAGUACAGUGCACACUGAAAGUGAUCUAACUUAAAUUGUCUGAAUAUCACUGAAUUACAUAACAAGAAUAGAGUGUGUAUAUUACUGUGGUAUUUUUUGUCUAGUAAGACAUUAAAGCUGCAAUAAAGAUGU